UGUUUAAUGAUUAUAAAUUAAAAAAAAAAAAUAAUUGUUCAAAUGUACAUUGAUAAGACUUUUCCUUAAUUGUUUCAGAUCAGCUACGGAGCCACAGAUGUAACUUUCACUGACAGAAGGAGGUUCCCAUACGUCUACCGAAUGGUCCCUAAUGAAGGAUAUUUCCAUCAAGCUCUCAUUCAGCUGCUGAAGCACUUUGGUUGGACCUGGGUGGGAAUCUUGAUAGCAGAUAGUCAAGAAGAUUAUAUAAAGAGACAACUAAUAGAGCUGAUUACAAGCAAUGGGAUGUGUGUGGAAUUUGCUUAUAAAGUCUUAUCAGAUGGCAGGUUUGACAACAUAAUAGUUGAAAGGAUUUUAAGAACAACUUCCAAAGUUGUCAUAAUCAGUGAUUCCACCAGUAUGCUUUGGCCAAUAUUGAGAUACGUUAAGAUUGAGUCUAGCUUUAAAAGAACUUGGAUUUUGUCAGUCUCAUCUUCAUUUACGGAUUAUAUUCUCGAAUAUGAAUUUGCAGAGUUCUUUGCUGGAAGUUUGGCUUUUCCAGUAGCUGCUAGAGAAAUUCAUGGAUUUCAGGAUUUUUUAUUCUCUGCAAACCCUGAUCGGUAUCCAGAAGAUAUAUUCAUUCGAGCUGCAUGGCUGUGGUUUGUAAGCGACCUAUCUACUGAAAUGACUGACAGUGAAACGUAUGUGAGUAAUAUAACCGGCAGUGAAGACUUUCUAAAUGCUUCCUCUCUUGGAAAUGAGACCCUUGCAUCAAUCCCUCACUAUAGACAGCUGGAUCUCAGAGUGCCCUACAGUGUGUACAAGGCUGUGUAUUUGUUGGCCCAGGCUCUACAUGUAUUGCUCUCAGAGAAGACUUCUCAUGGGGCUCCUACAGAGAAAGCCCGACUGGAGAGGGAACUGAACCCAUGGAAGGUGGGAUAUUGGUUUAAGUCUCCAUAUUCUGGAACUAGAUACUCGUUAGCAAUAUGUUGUUCAUCAAUCCCUUGGAUGUUGCUCCCAGUGGCGUCAAAGUAGGUGCUUCUUUUUGAUUUUCUGGCUUAGAGGCAAG